GGCAAGAUGAGCAAGGGCGAUCCUAUGGCCGACAUGCCUAAGGAGAAUGAAGACAUUGUUAAGAGCAAGAAAGGCACUUACGAAAUUUUGGAAAUACUCGGUAAAGGAUCAUUUGGUGCAGUUUUCAAAGUACGAAGAUUAGAAGAUAAUAAAGAGUUAGCAAUGAAAUGCGAAUCAUACAAAGUAAAAAAGCAGAUAUUGAGGCAUGAAGCUCGUGUACUCGAAGGAAUGAGAAAAAUUAACUCGGUUCAUUUUAUUAGUUACGAAGAUCGGGGGAAAAUAAGCGGCAGGUUUAUGUUCGUGGUUAUCAGACUGGUUGGUAAAAAUUUGUGGGAUCUCCGUAUGGAAAACCCUGAUAGGCGAUUUUCGAUGGCUACUUCGAUACGAGCGGCAGAACAAACUUUAUCAGGAAUAAGAGAUCUUCAUAUAUGCGGUUACCUACAUCGAGACAUAAAACCUCCAAACUUUGCCAUAGGACGAGAAGAAGAUGGUAAUCCGCACACCAUAUACAUAUUAGACUUUGGGUUGUGUAGAAAGUACAGAACGGAAGAGAAGGAUCUACGGUAUAUGAGGGAGAAAGCAGCUUUCCGUGGUACCACCAGAUACGCCAGUAUAGGGGCACUUGAGAUGAAGGACCAAUGCCGGAAGGAUGACGUAGAAGCAUGGUGGUAUAUGGUAUUGGAGUGGAUGAUAGGUCAGUUGCCAUGGAAGCAUUGUCGGGGUACCGAUCGUGCAGAAGUGAAGCUGUACAAACAACAACUGAGGAUACCAACAAAUUUAAAGAAGGUCCUCAAGCACACCCCCGAAGAAUAUAUGGCAAACAUACUAUACUAUAUCGAUACGCUCGAAUAUAAUUCCAUACCCGACUACGAUCACAUCGCUGCACAUCUCGAAGCUGCUAUGUCGGCCUAUCACCUCAGCUACACCGAACCUCUAGACUGGGAUCUCAUGACUGAAUACAAAGGUCCACGUUACGUUAAAAAUCUCGACUAUGAGUUACAUUGA